GAUGUCCAACCAAUGGGCUCUCGGCCAAGUAGUGGGAGCUCUGGGUGUCCAGCUCCUCCCAUUUAGGAUUAGCGUUAGGUAGGCCUGGGCGUUGGAGAUUGGGCGGUCCUCCUUCCCCGCCUGCCUGAGGCGAGGCGGGACAGUUGUUGCUGAGGUGAGGUCUGGUAAAUGGUGAAGUACUUCCUGGCCUGGGGGCAUCUGGGACCUUGCGGUCUCGGUGGCGUAGAGUCGGAAAGGAGCCCGACCCGCGGGGAAACCCAGCCUUACCAACGGAACGGGCCUGGCGCAGCCCUCAGGUGUGGCGGGCGGCGUGGGGAAAGCAGUGGUUAGUGGAGCGGAGGCACGGCCUUGGGGGGCCCCCUGACAGCUCCUUCCACCCAGGACCUGGGAACGCGGCGGAGCUCUCGGCUGCGUGGACCCCAGCCCUUGCAACCUCCCUUUUCCUUUUAGCCACCUGCAGCCCCAGGCUGUAGCAGGGACCGUGGGCGUUCUGAGUUCUCAACCCCCAUUUCAUUUUCUGUCUCCGGGUGCAUACCUUAAUGUGAGGUGAUUCCUAAGCAGCUGGGAACCUGAGGCUGUAAAAGGGGCUGCAGGAAAUGGACUGCAGUGUAAAAUCCAGAAGCAGAACUGGAAGGUUUAACCACUGACCCAUUUCACAGGUACUAUAUAGCACAUUUUAUUUGCCAUUCUCUUUUUGAUGGACAUUGGUGGUUCCCAGUUUUUCAACUUAUAGACGAUGCUGCAGGUAAAUCCUGAAUGUCUCAUGCAUCCAUGGACCAAAAGAUGGAGUUGGUUUUUAUUUUUAAAAAUAGAUUAUCAGUGAUCUGAUAUGACUGUAAAUACUUGAUGAAGUUGCAUGGACUCGUCAUCAGGUUGGACUAGUGGUUAUUUCUAAAGGUUUCUUCAACUACAGUUACUAUUUGAAAAUUCAGGCAUGCAAGAACAUUAGGGUUUGGAGUGGCAUAAUGAUGUAUUUUCUCUAAGGACUGCAAAUUUCAUAGAGAUCACAGUUGGAUUCCAGUUGGAUUCCAGUUAUAUUCUUCAAUCAAAGUGAUUCAGUCCUUUGAUAAAGUUAAUUUUGAAGAGUUUUAUGUUUAUGAACGACGCCAAAAGAUGGGAGAAAAAAAUGGUGAUGCAAAAACUUUCUGGAUGGAACUGGAAGAUGAUGGAAAAGUGGAUUUCAUAUUUGAACAAGUGCAAAAUGUGCUGCAAUCACUGAAACAAAAGAUCAAAGAUGGGUCUGCCACAAAUAAAGAAUACGUCCAAGCAAUGAUUCUAGUGAAUGAAGCAACCAUAAAUAACAAUUCAACAUUGAUAAAGGAUCAUACAUCUGUGACCCAGAAUGAACAAGAAAACAAAUCAGGUUCAUUGCCCUCUACAUCAUAUGAAGACUCCUUUCCAGAAGCCUGUACAUUUCUAUCCACAAAAAAUAAGGAAAUUCCUCCUUUGGCAAAUAAAGUUGCAUACAUCAGAGAAAAGAAAUCAUCUUUGAAUCUAUCUUACCGAAGUCAUGAUUGCUCUCGAACUUGUCUAAUGAAAGUACCACUAACCUUCAAGGGAGAAAACCCUCUGCAGCUACCGAUCAAAUGCCAUUUCCAAAGACGACAUGCAAAGACAAACUCUCAUUCUUCAGCACUCCAUGUGAGUUAUAAAACCCCUUGUGGAAGGAGUCUACGAAACGUCGAAGAAGUUUUCCGUUACCUGCUUGAGACAGAGUGUAACUUUUUGUUUACAGAUAACUUUUCUUUCAAUACCUAUGUUCAGUUGACUCGGAAUUACCCAAAACAAGAAGAAAUUGUUUCUGAUAUGGAUAUUAGCCAUGGAGUGGAAUCGGUACCCAUUUCUUUCUGUAAUGAGAUUGACAAUAGAAAGCUUCCACAGUUUAAGUACAGAAGGACUAUGUGGCCACGUGCAUAUUACCUAAACAGCUUUACCAACAUGCUUACUGAUUCGUGUGACUGUUCUGAGGGCUGCAUAGACAUAACAAAAUGUGCUUGUCUUCAACUGACAGCAAGGAAUGCCAAGACUUGCCCCUUGUCAAGUAAUAAAAUAACCACUGGAUAUAAAUAUAAAAGACUACAGAGACAAAUACCUACUGGCAUUUAUGAAUGCAGCCUAUUAUGCAAGUGUAAUCGACAAAUGUGUCAAAACCGAGUUGUCCAGCAUGGACCUCAAGUGAGGCUACAGGUGUUCAAAACUGAGAAGAAGGGAUGGGGAGUACGCUGCCUAGAUGACAUUGACAGAGGGACAUUUGUUUGCAUUUAUUCAGGAAGAUUACUAAGCAGAUCUAACACUGAGAAACCUAAUGCUAUUGGUGAAAAUGGAAAAGAAGAGAAUACUAUGAAAAAUAUGUUUUCAAAAAAGAGGAAAAUAGAAGCUGCAGAUUGUGAGGUUGAAGUUAUCCCAUUAGAACUGGAAACACAUAAGAGUGCUGAGACUGAGGAGUAUCUACCUACGUUCAGUAAUAAUUUAAAAGAGCCUGUUAUAGAAAUGAAAUAUAACAAUAUUUCAAGAAUUCAAUAUCAUUCAGUCAUUAGAAGUCCUAAAGUGAAGACAGCCAUUAUUCAACGCAAUGGGAAAAGGAUGGGAUUUGCUUCCUCAGAGCCUGUCAUCUCAGAAGAUAAUGAUGGAUUUAAACCAACCCAAGUACAUCUGAACUCCAAAGCCAAGGAAAUGAAAAAGGAUUCAAGCUCCUACCAAGUUAAAGACUUUGAAGACAAUCUGCUGAUUGAAUCGGAUGUGAUAGAUAUAACUAAAUGUAGAGAAGAGACUCCAUCAGGGGGCAGAUGUAACCAAGCAACCACAUUGGAUAAACUGAAUAUUACAAAGGAGCUCAAGGCUCAAAUGCAAAAGCCCCAAGAAGAAACUCCAGCAUAUCAAAAUCAUCAAGUCUUUUGUGAAAAAGAGUUCCCAAGUGAAACCAAAAAUAUUUCACCUGAUUCUCUAAAGAAGUUCAAUAAAGGGAACAUGUUUUUAUUGGAUGCCACAAAAGAAGGGAAUGUGGGCCGCUUCCUUAACCAUAGUUGUUGCCCAAAUCUUUUGGUACAGAAUGUUUUUGUAGAAACACGUGACAGAAACUUUCCAUUGGUGGCGUUCUUCACCAACAGGUAUGUGAAAGCAAGAACAGAACUAACAUGGGAUUAUGGGUAUGAAGCUGGGACUAUGCCUGAGAAAGAAAUCCUCUGCCAGUGUGGGGUUAAUAAGUGUAGAAAGAAAAUAUUAUAAAUCUGUAGCUAAUGCCUGUUGAUGAGAUUAGCUUUUCAUGCUGCAAUUAGAGCCAUGUAAGAGAACCUUCAGUCAUCAGUGGAAUUAACUUAGGUUGUGAUCCAUCAAGAGAAUUCUUUUCAGUUUACCCUUUUCAGGGAAUUCAUUUGUAUGACUUAGAAAUGCUAGGAACAAAAUAAGGACAUUUUCAUAUGCAUAGGCUCUCUAUCCUUUCUGCUGUUCAACUUUACAAGAGUGGGAUGGAAGUGUAUAUUUUAUAUGAAAUACCAUUAUACAGUUUGUAACUUAUUUGCGAAUUAUAUAUUAAGAGAAACAAAUGUUACAAUAGAAUUCAGUUCUUAUUUACUUUUGUGAUUAUUAUCUUUGAGCUUAUGCCCCCAAAGGGCCAAAUUUCACAUCUUUACCUACAAAAAUCUAUGUUUAAUUCUUGGCAAAUAAUUUACCAUUAUGAGCCAUAAGGUGGACAACAUAACCUGAGGAAUAGGUAAGAACUAACUUUACACAUUUUACUUCCAAGUAUUUUAACAGUAGUUGGAGCAGCUCUGGCUGCAUGCAACUCUGUCUCAUCAAACCAUUUGAGUGCUAAGAGGGAGGGUUUUGGCACUCCUUGAGAUGGAACUUCUUAUCUACAUACUCUCCUUACUAUUCCAGUUCAAACACAGACAAGAAAAGAGGGAAUAGAAACCUGGAGGAAUUGGAAUAUUUUUGUUCUAGGUAAAGGAGAGCCAUAAGAGAAGAAAACUUAGAAACUAGUCAGACUUGGCUUACUUAGGCCCUCUAGAAGGGAUUGUGCUGGACAAGAGUUUUCACUUACCAAAACAAAACAAAGCAAUUUGACUGAGUUUGUAAAGUCUGGAACAGCUUCUUGGAUUCUCCUGGGUAUGAUGUGUAAAUUGCUUUUGUAGAGAAAAAAAGGAGUUACACUCAGCUAUAGGUUACCCAGCCCUGAUUAUGGAGUGGAAAAGGACUGGGAAUCUCCAAGCAUCAAAACUAAUUUUAUCCAUAACAAAGUUGUACAUUUGGCUGCCAGGAACUUCCCCCUUGGAACCUGAAGAGGAAUACCGGCUCAAAAAGAAAUAAUUAAAAGUAGUUCUGGCUUUUGAGAGGUUUUAGAUCCUUUUUUUUCUUUUUUUCUAUACUCGUUUCUGGGUUUAGUUUGGUUACUGUUCAAAUAAAACCCUCUUCUAAG